ACGUGAUUGACCUGUCUUGCCUGUACAGUUUCUUAUUUAGACAAUGGAUAGUGUAUCUUCAUUGCUAGGAGUCCGCAGCCUUGAUGAAGAAGCAUCUCUCAUCAAGACUAUGAGUUUUGCUAUCUUGACCUUAUCGUUAUUUUUUCUUUUCUUUACCGUCUACUUGCAUGAGGCUCCAUAUGGACGCUAUGCUCGGCAAUACAAGUGGUUUUGGGGCUGCCAAAUCAACUCUAAAAUAGGAUGGUUUGUUCAAGAGCUUCCCAGCCUUGUUAUUCCGAUUUUGUGCCUGCUGCUGGUGAAUGAGGAGACAUCCAAGAUAAAUAAUGGAGUGACUGCUAAUUCGAUUUUAUUGGCAUGUUUCAUCGCUCAUUAUAUUCAUAGAGCACUCAUCUAUCCAUUCCUUAUUCGGGGCAACUCGCCAACCACAUGUUUGUCUGUUUUGGUGGCUGUUGUUCUUUGCAUUGUGGAUGGAUAUGUCCAUGGCCGAUAUCUCACUGCAUUUGCUUCCUACCCUGAUGAAUGGCUGUAUGAUCCACGCUUCAUUGGUGGAGUUGUCUUGUUCGUUACUGGGAUGGUGAUCAACAUCCAUGCAGACCAUACUCUGAGGAAUCUGAGGAAGCCAAGCGAGACAGGAUACAAAAUACCUAGAGGUGGCUUAUUUGAGUAUAUAUCUGGUGCCAAUUUUUUUGGUGAGAUUAUUGAGUGGAUUGGUUACGGUCUAGCCAGUUGGUCCCUAGUUGGACUGACCAUGCCACUCAUGACAAUGAGCAACACAUUGCCAAGGGGAGUUCAUCAUCACAGGUAUUAUUUGGAAAAAUUUGAUGACUACCCGAAAAACAGGAAGGCUGUCAUUCCAUUCAUUUUGUAGUUUAUGUCUAAUUGACAAAUAAGCCAUGUGCAUUGGCUAUUGUACAAUGCAAACAUAUGAAAUGUACUGUUGCUACUUAUUAAGCAGCUGACUUGUUUACGUCUUCCUUCUUGUAACAUCAUCAAGCAUAUUUGCACUACCUUGUCAUGAAUAAAAUGAUAUUGAUA